AUGUCGUUGUAUCGGGUGAGACAACAGCGGGAGAGCGCGCAGGCAGCCGCCACUGUUUUCCCAUCCAGCAGCGCCCCUCGGUACCGCUGUGAACCGCACUGGCUUGCUCCGUCCGCCACAGCCUUCCACGAACCGGAAGCGCCCUGCCCACCGUGCCUGGGCGGACGCCUACGGGCUCUCCCCCGACUCGCUGCUUCCGCCCUCCCCCCUCUCCCUUCCGCCCUCCCUCCCCCCCGCCCCUCAUCUCGAGGACUGCGCCGCGCUCACAGCGCUGCGCCAGCAGGCGGAGCAGCGGGGGGAAAGGGGGGAGCCGCCAGCAUGGGCGGAACCCCCGCGGAGCAGCCAAAACGGUCCACCCGUCCCCCCGUCCCCCGCCCUUCCCCAUGCGCCCUUCCCCAUGCGCCCUUCCCCAUGCGCCCUUCCCCAUGCGCCCUUCCCCAUGCGCCCUUCCCCAUGCGCCCUUCCCCAUGCGCCCUUCCCCAUGCGCCCUUCCCCAUGCGCCCUUCCCCAUGCGCCCUUCCCCAUGCGCCCUUCCCCAUGCGCCCUUCCCCAUGCGCCCUUCCCCAUGCGCCCUUCCCCAUGCGCCCUUCCCCAUGCGCCCUUCCCCAUGCGCCCUUCCCCAUGCGCCCUUCCCCAUGCGCCCUUCCCCAUGCGCCCUUCCCCAUGCGCCCUUCCCCAUGCGCCCUUCCCCAUGCGCCCUUCCCCAUGCGCCCUUCCCCAUGUGCCCUUCCCCAUGCGCCCUUCCCCAUGUGCCCUUCCCCAUGCGCCCUUCCCCAUGUGCCCUUCCCCAUGUGCCCUUCCCCAUGCGCCCUUCCCCAUGUGCCCUUCCCCAUGCGCCCUUCCCCAUGUGCCCUUCCCCAUGCGCCCUUCCCCAUGUGCCCUUCCCCAUGCGCCCUUCCCCAUGUGCCCUUCCCCAUGCGCCCUUCCCCAUGUGCCCUUCCCCAUGCGCCUUUCCCCGUGCGCCCUUCCCAUGCGCCCUUCCUCAUGCGCCCUUCCUCAUGCGCCCUUCCCCAUGCGCCUUUCCCCGUGCGCCCUUCCCAUGCGCCCUUCCUCAUGCGCCCUUCCCCAUGCGCCCUUCCCCAUGCGCCCAUCCCCAUGCGCCCUUCCCCAUGCGCCCAUCCGCCUCCCACAUCCCCCAAGGUGCGGGGGGCGGACAGCAACAGCCUGGCCAUGACGCGCCAAUCACAGCGCGACAUCUGGCUGCACCAGAUGCUGCCGCCCCGCGCCUGCCAGGGCCGGCGCCUGCUGCUCGUGCCAUGGAGCACGGGCAUGUACCAUGGCGUGGGGUCGCAGGUGCAUCUGAUAGGCGCGUUUCUGGGCCUGGCCAUGCUGCACAACCAUCAGCUAGUCUCUUGCGCACGGCCCAUCUCUCCUCCCUUCCCUCCGCUCCCCCCCUGGUGGCAGGUGCAUCUGAUGGGCGCGUUUCUGGGCCUGGCCAUGCUGCACAACCACACACUCAUCCCGCUCGCCAACUCCUUUGACCGCGCCAACCACCCCCACUGCCAAGACUGCAUCCCCCCUCACGCCCUGCUCCCCACGCACUCUCCCCCUUCACCCAUCUCUCCUUUCUCCCUCUGCCUUCCCUCCUUUCGCGCCUCCCUUGCUCUUUCUGCCCUCCGUCGCCAUACAGCCACGGGGCAGCAGGGCGCGUGGGAGUGUUUCUUCUUCCCCAUCGUCUCGCCCGACUGCGAGGACGAGCUCAACCGCCUGAGGGCGCAGGACGCCAUUGGGGAGUGUGUCACGGGGGAGGAGCUGGGGUACGAUAGGGCCGCGCAGUCGGACCAACAAGUACGUGAGUGGGGCCGGUGGGGGUGGCAAGGUAGGUUGGCAGAGAGGAGGAGCGGAGAUGCCUUUCGGGAGUGUGUCACGGGGGAGGGGCAGGGGUACGAUAGAGCCGCACAGUCAAAGCAACAGCUCUGUGUGUCACCGGGACAUAAUUGCCCCUCUCCCCCUUUCCGCCUUUUCCCCACCUCCUCCCCCCUUCCGCCUCCCCCUUUCCCCAUCCGCCUUCCACCCACCACCUCUCCCUUGCCGCCUACCGCCCUCCGCCUCCCCCUUGCCGCCCCCCGCCGUCUGAAUCCCUGGUCUGCUGGCCAUGGCACAUGCCAUGCAGCAUCAGGCGGCGGUGUGACUGCGGUGUGUCUGGACCCCACCACAGGCGUCGCGGUGUGUCUGGACCCCACAACGGACGUGUUCAUGAGCUACGAGGGCCGGGCAGCAUCGCUGUGGGGCGAUGCAUACCUGGCGGACGCGGACAUGGUGGAGCAUGGCGGCCACGUGGCCUCCACCAGCGCCGACACCAAGAUGGUGCACUGGUGGGAGGCGCAGGGUGCCCCUUUGCGUUUGCCUGCUACUUAUUCUGCUCCCCUUUUCCCCCCCGCCAGGUGCACUGGUGGCGGGCGCAGGCGCACUGUGUGGCACCGCAUGUCACCGCCCAGCACUCCCAUAGACCUAGCCAGAGAGCCGUACAUGCAGCGACCGAUAGUGAGCAUGCACGUGAGGCAGAGCGACAAGCUGUCGGAGAUGCGGGUGCUGUCGCUGCCCGCCCACAUGUUCCUCGCCUACCGCCUUCGCCGCGCACUCGUGGACCUCCGACACGUGUGGCUCAACACUGAAGCACAGGUGGGGUGUGUGUGGCUCAACACUGAGGCUCAGGUGGGAGAUGUGUUGCUUGCCGCUGUCGCUGCCCGCCCACAUGUUCCUCGCAUACUGCCUGCGCCGUGCUCUGGUGGACCUCCGACACGUGUGGCUCAACACGGAGGCACGGGUGGGUGGGACAUACACUCUGGUACGCAUGUGCUGUGUGUUGUGGAUCUUCCUGGCAUCAGUCCCACAUAUCAGUGCAGCCCCCUCCCCUCCACCCCGGUCCCCCGCAUGGCACAGUCGGUGAUCAACGAGACAGCCCACUACCCCGACUGGCACUUCCUCUUCGCCACCAACGCCCGCCAGCCGUCCCACUCGGAGCGCAACCGCGAGUACGACGCCGCACAGUCCGUGGCUGCCAGCCUGGCGAGUGCGUUGAUCGCAGCGCAGUGCGAUGUGUUCCUCGGGUCGCUGGGGUCCAACUGGAGCCGCCUCAUCAACGAGCUCCGAGCCACUGGUGGGCGGCUGUACAGUGGAUUUGUGGUCAUGAACCUGGGCGAGUGGUGA